AAACAUAGAAAAACCUCAUUCACAUUAAUCAUUUUUAGUACUAUCUCAUAGGAUAGAGAAAAAUUUAUCUAAACUUGGUUUUACUUGUGAAAGUUAGUGUGUGAGUUUGUGUGCAUUUUUCAUUCUCAAAUUAAUGCGUAUUGAAAACAACAAAACCCAAAACCCAAUUCACGUAUAAGAUCAUCUUCAUCAUUAUUCUUACCAUAUCUUUUCGUUUCACUAUCACAAUCACCAUCAACAUCACUUCCAUCACUCUCUUUCUCUUUUCUUUAUAAACAAACCCUAUUCUUUAUUAUUGAUUUGUUUAAUACUAUGGCUGAGGAGGGUUUUGAAAAUUAUUAUCAUAUCCCACAACAAAGUAGAAGAGAAAAACUUCGUUAUUUAUCUCAAAACCAAACAAGUUUCAUUGAAUCUUCACCCACCCUUAACCCUAGUUUUUCACCUUUACCUUCUCUUUACGAUCCUUCACUCAUUUCACCUUUAGAUGCUAUAAACAGUAACCCUUUUCUUUAUCAAAUGAAUCAUGUAUACAACCAUGGUGGUAGUAAUAGUAACAACAAUGAAGUUAUGUUGUUAAAAUCUGAACCAUUAUCUUUGUCUUUAUCGUCAAACAAAAACAACCAGAAUCAGAUGAGUGCUGCUAAUUUUCAGCGUUAUGGUUCUGUUGUUGAUGUUUCUAGGAACACGGUUCCGUUAGGACCGUUUACGGGUUAUGCUUCUGUUUUGAAGGGAUCGAGGUUUUUGAAACCUGCACAACAAUUAUUGGAUGAGAUAUGUGAUGUUGGUGUUCGUGCUGAGAAGAUUAUUGCUGAUGCUGAUGCAUCUUUGAUGGAAACUAAUCAUGUUAUUGGUGGAAUGAUAAAUGGUGUUGAUGAUGAAGAUACACUUGGUGGUGAUGGAAGGAAGAACAAGUCUAGAUUAUUAACAGUGCUUGAUGAGGUUUGCAGGAGGUACAGACAAUACUAUCAGCAGAUUCAUGCAGUAAUAACUUCAUUUGAAUAUGUUGCCGGCCUCGGUAACGCAGCUCCGUAUGCAAGUUUGGCUAUAAAUGCCAUGUCCAAACAUUUUAGAUUCUUGAAGAAUGUGAUUACCGACCAGCUUCAGUUUAUCGGUAAGUCUAAUUAUCAUAUAAGCAAUAGAAAGGAUGAAUCUCCCAGGUUUCACAACGGCGAUGGAGCCCCUUACAGUCAAAGUCCAGGGUUUAUGGAACACGUCCAACAACCUGUUUGGCGACCUCAAAGAGGGUUGCCCGAGCGUGCUGUCAGUGUUCUUAGGGGAUGGUUGUUUGAACACUUUUUGCAUCCUUACCCUAGUGAUACUGACAAGCUAAUGUUGGCUAAACAAACUGGUCUAUCUCGUAACCAGGUGUCUAAUUGGUUUAUAAAUGCAAGAGUAAGGCUUUGGAAACCAAUGGUGGAGGAAAUACACAUGCUUGAAUCACAGCAAUCUCCAAAGGAAUCACAAAGAGAUGAACAUAGUCGAAACAAUUUAAGCGAGAACAACAUUGCUGAGAAUCCAUCUACGUCCACAGACAAGUUUAUCGAUGUUGCAUAUAAACGCACUAGAAACGAACUUCACAACAUGUCAGUGCCGAAUCAUAGUAUCGCAAGCAAUCAACAGGUUGGUAAUGUUGGAGUGAGCAUGAUGAAUAAUGGUGCAACAAGCAAUGGUGUAUCUCUGACGCUCGGUCUUCAUCAAAAUCAUGGAAUUGGGUUGUCCGAGCCUUUCAACAUGAGUGCCGCGCAGCGUUUUGGUCUUGCACAUCAACCUGAUAGUUACGCCGCGAGCGGUUUUCAAUUGCAGAAUAGGCAAUUUGGGAGAGAUUUUAUUGGUGGGCAACUUUUGCGUGACUAUGUAGGAUGAAUCUUCAAUCCACUAACUAAGCAACUAUUAACCAUGUUUCUUUGGUUUCAUUAUCACAAGAUAAAUUAGGAGUGAUUGAAAUUGGAUUCUAGUUUGGGAUUAAGUGGUGUUGUACAUUCUUUGUAUCAUAGUAGUGGAAAAAAAUACUAUGUUAUAGGAUGAUCCAUUCCACUUUUCUAAUGGCCUAGUUUGUUACAAGGCUAAGUGUUGUUAAUUGUCCUUUUUAUAA